AUGGCCCUCCUCCUUGCCUUCGAGCUCCUCUUCACCCCCACAACCUCGUCGUCGUCGUCGUCGUCGUCGUCGUGUUUGUCCUCGUCCUCCUUCAGGUCACAGCUGUGGAUCCCGCGGGCGCUAACUGGCUGGCCGCCGAGAGUGAAGCAGGUAGGCAAGCGCCUCUUGGAGGCGUACGAUGUCGGCGACGUGCUCGGCGAGGGUGCGUUCGGCGUGGUGUACGCUGCAGUUCAUAAGGAGACUGGCACGGAGGUCGCAAUCAAAAUGGUCGACAAGGUCGAGACGCCGAUCUCCCAGAUCAGAAGAGAGAUGGAGAUCCUGAUGGCCGCGCAGCACGAGGGCACCGUGAAGUUCCACGGGGUGGUCUUUGAGACAUGCUUCGUGUGCUUCGUGAUGGACAAGUACUCGGGGGGGAACCUCAUGACGGGACUGCGCUCCCGCCUGGAGCAGAAGGGCAAAAUCGGCUGCCUCUCACUGGUUCACAUCUGCGCCCAGAUGACAAGCUCCGUGUGCUAUAUCCACGGGCUGAGCAUCGUACACAGAGACAUCAAGAGCGACAACUACCUCAAGGACAGGGCUGACAUCUGCGACCCCCAGUGCCGCAUCGCGCUCACGGACUUCGGGUCCUCCUCGCACGUGAACCCUGGAACGAGGCUCAGCGCCCAGGUGGGCACCCGCAGGUACUGGGCACCAGAGAUCUUCCGGAAGAGCUACGGCCCGAAGGUGGACGUCUGGGCAAUGGGCGUCACGAUGUACUCUCUUUUGGAUGGCUUCUUCCCGUUCAGGAACGACGCAGAAAUCCUCUGGCCGAUCCGGGAGCUGAGGUUUCCUGAGAUGGACGCUGCCUGCAAGUCCUACCUCGAGAUCAUGCUGACCCGGGAAGAGUCGGCUCGCGCAUCCGCCGAGGGCAUCCUUGCCCACCGAUGGAUCGCCGACCGCGCGGGUGGAGUCGCCGACGGCGUCGCCGACGCUCCCGAGGCCUCGCCGCAUCCGCCGUGCGUGGACGGCCGGAAGGGCUCGCCCACUUCGGGCGCGCCCCACCAGCGGCCAGGGGGCACUCGCACCCGGCGCGCGAGGGCGCUGGAGCGGCUGGCCGUGGAGGUGCAGAGCGGCGCCGCGCGGCUCGUGCUCGAGGUCGCGGACUACCUGAGGCUCGUGGGCGCGGCGGGCGCGGCGCCGCCCCGGCCGUGCGCCUGUGGGGGCGGGGAGGCCGAGGCUGCGCCGAGGAGAUCGUGGUGGAGACGGGGUGGCAGAGCCCAGGCGGCCCGGCGAGGGGAUCGUGCCCUGCGCCCAGGGCGCCGCUGA